UUGGCUUUGCUCGGGGUGAACAUUUGCUUCGACUUUUGCGCUGCUGACUGGAAGGCAACUGUGCUGGGAAGGUCUACAGACAGAGGUCUGGGAGAAGUAGAGCAAAGGUUUGAGAGGAGAGACCAGGGGAGAAGAGAGAAGAGAAGAGAAGAGAAGAGCAGAGCAGAGCAGAGCAGCGCCUAACCCUACACUCCUCCUGGACAAGAGGCUCGUGUGCUCGGCGCUUCGCCAUGGACGCGCUCAGGUCCGUCCUGCUCGCUUUCGUCAUGCCAGAAAAAUGUUACCAAGAACUCUUCGUCAAGCUGAACCUCUUCCACGUGCCAUGCGUGAGAGUCGUCCUGAGGCGCACGCUGGGUAUCUGGAUCAUGCUGGGCUCCGUCACCGUGAAACUGCCCCAGAUCUUUAAGAUGAUGAGGGCGAAGAGUGCGGAUGCCCUGAGCUUCCCCUCCGUCCUGGUGGAGCUGUGCAUAGUGACUGGAACCCUAGCCGACCGCAUCGCCCGCAACUUUCCCAUCGAUGCUUGGGGUGACGUGCUCUUCAUAUUAAUCCAGACCGUGACCAUCGGUUUUCUCAUCCAACACUACAGAGGACACACAGGGAGAGGUUUGCUGUUCCUGGUGGUCUACAGCAGCCUGGCGCUCCUCCUGACCUCCCCUUUGGUCCCCAAGCUGUUUACCACAACAGUGCAGGCUUCAAGCACACCCGCUUUGGUUGCAGCCCGGCUCCUCCAGGUGUGGACUUGCUACCGGAGCGGUCACACGGGCCAGCUGUCGGCCCCAUCUGUCUUCCUGCUCUUUGUGGGCUCUCUGGCGCACGCCCUCUCCAUCUUCGUGGAAACGGGGGAUUAUCAGAUGACGCUCCCGUAUAUCAUCAUCUUCUGCUCCAACGGCCUCCUAGCAUGUCAGAUGCUGUGCUACUGGCGCCGUGCUCCGGCGCUCAAGACAAAGGCGGAGUAGAGAAGAACGCAGCAGUCGUGGCCUCUCCGGCUUCAUCGUCCUUCGCCAAGGACCCUCUCUUGACACACUUUUGCACUCGGUGCCUCAGAAGUUUAUAAUGAGCCAAGUUCAAAAUAACACAUUGAUAAGCUCUUCGUUUUGUCAUGAAAUGUUACCUUUUCCACAAACGCAUACUCUGUGCCAUCCUGGGACAUGUGCCAAUUUACGUUAAAGCUAAUGUACGAACGUGUAUACCACCUUACGCACACAGUGUAAUUCCUCAAUAAGCUGUCAAACCAAAACAGUGUUAAGUUUUAUAGGAUUACUAUCAGUAUACAGACACAGGGCUCAUAUAUUUACUGGUAGAAGUAUAAAUUGAAUACCGUUGUAAAACUUAAGUUUUACCUUGUCUUUUUAAGCAGCUGUUUCUUUUUAAAAAUAUUGACAGGUGAUUUUUUUGUUAUAAUAAUGAGCCACAGUUUUGCUUUAAUCAAAUCCUUUUGGGGAGUGCUGUGUUAUUAAUUAUGCAGACAGUGUUUUAGGCUUCAACUUGUCCAAUACAGGUCAUGCUCACACCUACAGAGGACAUUAUAUUCCAAGUGACGCUCCAGACGUAAUCGGAGAAUCGCAUGUUGGGGAAUUGUGUUGUACCACAGUUUUAUAAGUUCGGAAAACCUAAAUAGUCAUGUUUUUGAAUAAGACUUUUGAAUGAAUUUGAUAAAAGUAAUUUAGUUGUUCCUUCUUUCAGCUGGUGCGUGAACCAUCGAUCCUCCUUUAUCAUGCGCAGAACUGGAAAUCAAAAGGUGAUAUGUAAAGAUUUCUGUCAUGUAACUUUGUAGCACUUACCCAUUAAAACCCAUUAUGUUUCUUCACAAGUGCCUGCAAGCAGGUCUGAACACAACAUACGGAAACACUGUGCAUUUGUACCACUAGAUGGAAGCACAGUUAAGGUAAAAGUACUUCAGAAAUCACAGCGAGACAAUAUAGUUAGGGUGAUCAGAAAAGUUUUAAAAAAUCAGCUAUAAACAUGCCCCUUCACAGAUGCAAAAUUUGUUAUGUUAAAGAUAAAUAAAAAUGUAAAACA